AUGGCAGACCCUCGUUUCAGCGCAUUAUCAACUGACCCAAGAUAUCGUCUUCCAAGUCGAAAGGAAGCGCGUACUGCAGUCGAUCCCCGAUUCAAGACACUUUUCACAGACGAAGAAUUUCGCAAGAAAGCAAGUGUUGAUCGAUAUGGACGCAAGAUCAAGCCAGAGGCUGGAAAAAAGGACUUGGAAAGACUCUACAGGCUAGAUAAGAAGGAAAGUCCGAAGCUAGGAACAAAGGCGGAAAGACAAGUUGUGGGCAGCUCGGACGAAAGUGAGCGAGAUGAAAGUGAUGCAAGUGAAGAUGAGCAGCUUGUCACCAGGCGGGAUCCUGCUCGAGAGGGUGGUUUCUCCGAGUCUGAGUCUUCGGAAGAGGAGACGUCAGAUGAGGAAGAGAGUGAUUCGGAGGCGGAGUUAGCUGAGGAUACGGCUGGACAAGAGCAGACUGAGGAUAUACCCAUGGGCGAGGUGUCGCGACGGAUAGCGUGUGUGAAUCUGGAUUGGGAUAACAUACGUGCAGCAGACCUCAUGGCGGUGGCUCAGAGUUUCGCGCCCAAUUCAGGCAGGGUAGAGAGCGUCACGAUAUAUCCCAGCGAGUUCGGUCGGGAGAGACUGGAGAGGGAAGAGAUCGAAGGGCCGCCCAAAGAGAUCUUCGCCAGCUCAUCCAAUAGGAAGGGCGAGGAGUCAGAAGAUGAAGAUGACAACAAAGACGAAGACGAAGAAAGCUCAGACGACGACGAGAAGAUCAAAAAGCGGAUUCUCCGGGACCAAGCCAAGGAGGGCGAAGAAUUCGACACUGCGAAGCUGCGCCAAUACCAACUCGAUCGUCUGAGGUACUACUACGCUGUCAUAUCCUGCGACAAUAAACAGACUGCCAAAGCUCUGUAUGAUGCCAUGGAUGGACGUGAGUAUCUGUCGACUUCGAACUUCUUUGACCUACGCUUCGUGCCAGAUGAUACAUCCUUUGACGACGAUAAGCCGCACGAUGAGUGCAACCAAAUCCCCGCCGGCUACAAACCCAACGACUUUCGUACUGAAGCUCUCACACAUUCUAAAGUUCGUCUAACUUGGGAUGACGACGAUGCAACGCGCAAAGAAGUCCAAAAGCGCGCCUUCUCUCGCGCGGAGAUGGACGAGAACGACUUACAAGCAUAUAUCGGCUCCGACGACAGCGAUGCAGACAGCACGACUUCUCGCAGAUCUGCCGCAAUUUCAAAGGCAGAGGCUAAGCGUCAGAAAAUGCGUGCUGCCCUAGGUCUUUCCGCUGAGCCUAGCAAAGCUUCCAAGAAAGGAAAAGAUGAGCCGGUAGGAGACAUGCAGAUCACGUUCACUUCCGGCCUCAGCGGCAACAGCAAAGAUUUUAAGGGAGGCGUGUUCGAGAAUGAGCCUCAAGAUGAAGAAAGUACCCGAGAUCGCUAUAUCCGCAAAGAACGGGAGCGGAAGCAAAAGCGAAAGGAGAAGCAUAAAUCUGCCACAGACAUUGUCGAGGACUCCACAACGGCCGGUGUCGCAGAGGGUCAAGAUGACGAGAAUGAUCCCUUCGACGACCCCUUCUUCAACGACCCACAAGCCGCCGCAGCACAAGAGGCAGCCGCCAAGAGGGCCGCGAAGCAAGCCAAAAUUGCCGCUCGCGAAGCAGCAGACGCCGAAGCCGAAUCCCGUCGCGCAGAACUCGAAUUACUAAUGGCCGAUGAUGCGGAUGAAGGAGCCAACAUGAAACAUUUUGAUAUGCGAGAGCUGGAGAAAGCUCAGAAAGCUGCCAGACGAAAGGGAAAGAAAGGCAGCAAGAAGAACAAAGAAACUGUCGCUGCUGUGGAGGAUGACUUCAAAGUUCGGACAGACGAUCCAAGAUUCAAGGAUGUGUUUGAGAGUCACGAGUUCGCUGUCGAUCCGACGCAUUCUGCUUUCAAGGGGACCGAGGGCAUGAAGACUUUGCAGGAGGAGAGGAGGAAGAGGAAGCUUGGCGUGGAAGAAGAUGGUACUGCCACGGGGAGAGGUGGAAAGAAGAAGCAGAAGAAGGCAGGCGGUGACGGAGAGGAUUUGAAGGCUUUGGCAGCUCGGUUGAAGAAGAAGAGUAAAUCGUAG